GCGGGCACUUCCUGUGUCAUGGCGCCGAACGGUGAAGAGUGAUUUCAUUGCUGAGAGCCCCCACCUGACUAGACCACCCUUUUCUGUGACUUCUAGUGGCUGCAACCUGCAUUGGAAGGAUUCUGGGAGCCUCUCACGCACACAAUGAUUGUAACAAAAGGUGUAACAUGAACAUGUUUGAUGUAAAGUUUGCAAGCUGUCAUGUUGUUCAUGAGGUUUUGAAUGUUGUCAAUCUUCUGUUAUACUGCACAAUUGUAAAGAGCAGAGGAAUGACCUGAGGUGGUGACCAUGGAGGAUGUAACUGUGAACUUCACCGAGGAGGAGUGGGCUCUGCUAAAUCCAUCCCAAAGGAAGCUGUACAGAGAUGUGAUGUGGGAAACAGUGAUGAAUAUAAAUGCUAUAGGAAGGACUUGGGAUGAUGAGCAAAUGGAUGAAGAAUACAAAGAUUGCUCAAGAAAUCUAAGAAAUGAAGAGGAAGCAAAAUGCUAUCAAUACGAAACUUGCAGUCAUCAUGAAAACAUACUCCUUCAGACUUCAGAUGCUUAUGUAGACAUACAGCAAGCCGCUUUGAAGCCAGCUGGAAGUCUUAUUUGUGGAGAAUUCCUGAUUGGACAUUUAGCAUUAAAUGUACCAAUUUUACAUCACAUUGGAGAGAAGCCACAUGAGAAUUUGGGAUUUGAUAACAAGCUAAGUAAAUAUAAUGAACAUGAACAAACCUGCAGUGAUUUCCAGGCCUUUCAGGAGCAUACAAGGGGAGAAAAUGGUGAGAAAUCUUAUCAAUCUGAGCAAUAUGGGACAUUCUACACUGCACUUAGUGAAAGAAGUCACCCUGGAGAGAUUAUUGUUGGUCAGAAAAGUGUGAAAACUUCCAGCACUGAAAGUGGUUUUCAAAUCCAUGAAGAAAUUCACACUGGGAAUGUGUGCGAGCAAUAUGGUGAAAUCUUCAAUACUGAAAGUAGUAAAAUUCCUGAAAGGAUUAACAUGGAGGAGAAACCCUCUAUAUGUAAGCAGUGUGGAAAAGCAUAUACACACAGCUGCUGUCAGAGACAUGAGAAUGUUGACACUGGGAUGGAACUCUACAUAUGUAAGCAGUGUGGGAAAUCAUUCAGCCAAUACAGUCAGUGUCAAAGCCAUGAAAGUACUCAUGAAGGGAAGAAACCAUACGUAUGUAAACAAUGUGGGAAAGCUUUUGUGGGACAGGAUUAUUGUCAAAUACAUGAAAGAACUCAUAGUGCAGGGAAGCAUCAUGUGUGUAAGCAGUGUGGUAAAGCAUUUACCACAAAGUAUUAUAAACUGCAUGAAAAUGUUCACACAGGGGAGAAACCCUAUUUGUGCAAGCACUGCGGGAAGGCAUUCACAACACACCAAUAUUGUCAAAUGCAUGAAAGAACUCACACUGGUGAGAAAUCUUACGUAUGUAAGCAAUGUGGAAAAGCAUACAGCAUAAAGAUUAGUUGUAGGAGACAUGAAAGAAGUCACACUGGGGAGAAACCUUACGUGUGCAAGCAAUGUGGAAAAGCAUUCAACAUGAGGAGUAAUUAUAAAAGACAUGAAAGAUCUCACAGUGGGGAGAAGCCAUAUGUGUGCAAGCACUGCGGAAAGGCUUUCACAGUGCAUGAAACUUGUCAAAUACAUGAGAGAAUUCACACUGGGGAGAAACCUUAUGUGUGCCAGCGAUGUGGGAAGGCAUUCACUACAAAGUGUUACCAUAAACUACAUGAAAAAAUUCACACAGGGGAGAAACUUUAUGCAUGCAAACACUGUGGGAAGGCAUUCAUUAAACAUCAAUCUUGUCAAAUACAUGAAAGAACUCACACUGGGGAAAAACCUUAUGUGUGUAUGCACUGUGGGAAGGCAUUCACUACACACCGAUCUUGUCAAGGACAUGAAAGAACACACACUGGGGAAAAACCUUAUGUGUGCAAGCAAUGUGGAAAAGCAUACAGUAUAAAGGUUAGUUGUAAGAGACAUGAAAGAACACACACUGGGGAGAAACCUUAUGUGUGUAAGCACUGUGGAAAAGCAUUUGCUACAAAGAGUUAUUAUAAAAGACAUGAAAGUAGCCACACUGGGGAUAAUCCUUAUGUGUGCCAGCAGUGUGGGAAGGCAUUCACUACACAGCAGUCAUAUCAAAGACAUGAAAGAACUCACACAAACAAGAAAACAUGUUAAGUGGGCCAUGUGAAAAAAGAUUUGCCUGUAAGUAUUUGUUUUGUGUACAGAGAUCUGACACUGGGAAUGAACCCUAUGUGUAUAAACAAUGUGGAAGAAUCAUUCAAUGAAUGAUACUUACACACAUGUGUAAAUGAAAAAUUUGAUGUCAAUAUUCAUGGGUUAUCCAUAAAUUAAUGUGCAGACGUGAUCUAGAAUGCAUUCCUUGGUUUUUAGUAAAUAACUUAUAAAUAACUGAAUUAUCUGUAGUGUUUACUAGAAAAUGCUGACAUUUUUGUAAGCCAUUGUCUUUAAACCUAAUACAUAGUAUCUGCUAAAAUAGCAAAUUGAAUUUAAAUGUACUUCUUACUUACAAGUAGUGUUACUAUUUAUGUAGUUUUAUUUAUUUAUUUUUUUUACUAUGGGGAGUUAUAGAGUGCUGAAAAAUAAGUUUUAUUAAUUAUUAAUAGUUUUUAACUGGGAUGUCCCACUAGCUCUGAAAUUUUCUUGGUAUAUACAUCUCCUAUUCUGUAUACAAAUAAUAACCUUGACUUUGAUGUUAUAUGUAUGUAAACAUGCAUAUUUAGAGACAUGUAAACAUGUAUUUUUUAAAAGUUCAUUUGUUUACACUUAACUUGUUGAUUAGCAAAUCUUGGUUUUUAUGUCCUAUCUAGACACAUGCAUAUAUCCAAACAUAUUUAUAUGAAGUAUAUAAAUUUGCUGUUUUUACUUUCAUGUUGAAAUCAGUACUAUGAUUUACAUAAAAUUUUGUUUUCUUAACAUCAACAUUUUACUUUUCAUGGUUAUAUUAAGACUUAAUAUGGUGCUAAAUUUUACCACAAUUUAUAACAAUAGAAACCAUCCUGCUGCGAGAUUCUGUUUGUGACACAUCAGAUAGACCGUGCCUUGACUAAUAAAGGAUAUAAUGAACUGUAA